UACCGUCGAAGAAACCAAAUGGAUUACCUUUAAAUGAACAGCAUGUCUGUGGACCGCGUCAAUACAACAAACACAGAGCACUCCACCGAGUGCUCUGCAGAGUAUUCAGGACCGGCUCCCAGUGAUCCGAGCCAUACCCGGGAUGUGGCUGUCCUCCAGUCUGGCUGCUGCCGCUGCCUGCCCCGGUCAGUGCGACUUACCUUUACCCCUGGGUCCUUGGAGAGCCUUUACCAGAACUACUUUCGUAGGCAGAGAGAAGAGAACCUGCUGGUCUUGGUGUUAUUUGCAGCCCUCUUCAACAGCUUCAUUAUCAUUAUGUGUGCGGUGGUGUACACCGAGGACAAACUGGCCAUGGUGGUGGUCGCCGUUGUGGGGUUGGCAGUGGAUGUAGUUCUCUACCUGCUCUGCUGGUUCCAAAAACUCCCUACAUCCCCUAUGGCAAGAAGAGCGGUGCCAUAUGUGCUGUGGCUGAUGGUCACAAUCCAUGUCUUAUGUUACAUGGGACUGAACUACAAGCGAUUCUCUGAUGCAAGCGACUCUGUGGGCUGGCAGGCUUUCUUCAGUUUCUCCAGCUUUUUGACUUUACCGCUGAAUUUGGUGCCCCUUGUCCUCCUCGCAACGCUCUCCUCUGGGAUACACACCCUGACACUGGGGGUCACUGUGGCUCAAAGGUUUGGGGAUAAUCUUCAGGGGGCCAUGCUGGUGAGACAGCUGCUGGCCAAUGUGAUGCUCUACCUGUGUGCAGCCAUGGUGGGUGUGAUGUCAUUUUACAUGGCCGACAGGAAGUACAGAACAGCGUUUUUGGAAGCUCGUCAGUCUCUGCAGGUUAAACUGACUCUGGAGGACCAGAGCACCCAGCAGGAGGAACUGUUGCUCUCCAUCCUGCCGAAGCAUAUUGCAGAUGAGAUGCUGCAGGGCAUGAAGAACCAGGCCAAUCAGAACGAGGUCCAGCAGCAGCAGCAGUUCAACACCAUGUACAUGUACCGCCAUGAAAACGUCAGUAUACUGUUUGCAGACAUUGUGGGCUUCACCCAGUUAUCCUCAGCCUGUAGUGCACAAGAGCUGGUGAAGCUGCUCAAUGAAUUGUUUGCCCGCUUCGAUAAACUGGCCUCACAACAUCACCAACUGAGAAUUAAGAUUCUUGGAGACUGUUACUACUGCAUCUGUGGUCUGCCAGACUUCAGGGAAGACCAUGCUGUUUGCUCUAUAAUGAUGGGCCUUUCAAUGGUGGAAGCUAUUUCGUAUGUGCGCGAAAAGACAAAAACCGACGUGGACAUGCGCGUGGGUGUUCACACAGGCACUGUGCUCGGUGGCGUCCUCGGUCAGAAGCGUUGGCAGUUUGAUGUUUGGUCAACAGAUGUCACUGUGGCCAAUAAGAUGGAGUCUGGAGGAAUCCCUGGGAGAGUGCACAUUUCCCAGAGCACUAAGGAUAGUCUGCAUGGGGAAUUUGAGGUUGAGCCUGGAAAUGGAGCAGAGAGGUGUGAGUACCUGCUGGAGAAGGGAAUUGACACUUACCUGGUUCUCAAACCCAAAGAGGAAGCAAAUGGACUCAAUGGAACCACACCUGGGGCACUGACCAGCAGAAAUUCAAAUCAGGUGAUCAAUACAACAAUAACCAAUGGGAGCACAGUCUCCCCUCAGUCAAUGCUGACUAGCCCUAAACAGGAGAGAAAUAAAAUGGCUGAUGAACAAGCUAUCAACAGACGACUGCAGCAGGAACUUCUGGACAGAGAGUCUCAGCAAAUAAUGAAGGAUCAAAUCAAUCCCGUUUCACUGCGGUUUGUGGAUGGAAAGUUGGAGGAGCACUACUCCUCAGAGAAGGAGAAGAGAAGUGGUGCAGCCUUCAGCUGCUGUGUCAUUGUGCUCUUUUUCAUCACAGCAAUGGAAGUGUUUAUUGACCCGUUGUUGGUUGUGAACUACGUGACUCUCGCUGUUGGACAGCUGUUGUUGCUUAUUCUCACAGUUUGCUCCCUAGCUGCAAUCUUUCCUAGGAUGUUCUCUAAAAGGUUGGUUUCCUUCUCAAUGUGGAUCGACCGCACGCGGUGGGCUCGGAACACGUGGGCCAUGGCAGCCAUAUUUGUUCUAACCAUGGCCGUAAUAGCCGACAUGCUAAGUUGUGUCCCACCUUCACUGAGGCUCUUUAACAGUACCUUUGGCCCGAUGCUGGAGUCUCUUGGCGACCGAGGCUGUGCAGAAAAUCCAAAGUAUUACAGCUUCAUGGCUGUGAUGUCACUCAUCGCAACCGCCAUGUUGGUUCAGGUCAGCCACCUGAUCAAACUGGGCCUCAUGGUGUUAGUUGUCACAGCAACAGGAGCAGUAAAUAUCUACAGCUGGAGUGACCUAUACGACUUGUAUGAUUUUAUACAGUUUGCCUCCUACAGAACAUCCAUAGUGCCAUCAAAGUAUCUCAUGACAAUGAUGAUUAUUAUCAUGAUGAUAAGCUUUUACUUCUUUGCGCGCCAUCUGGAGCGUCAGUCGAGGAAGCUGUUCUUGUGGAAGAUUGGGGUUCAUGACCAGAAGGAGAGGGUGUUCGAGAUGAGGCGCUGGAACGAGGCACUGGUGACCAACAUGCUGCCAGAGCAUGUGGCCAAACACUUUCUGGGCACUAAAAUGAGAGAUGAGGAGCUGUACAGUCAGUCUUAUGAUGAAAUUGGUGUGAUGUUUGCCUCCAUUCCAAACUUUUCUGAUUUCUAUACUGAAGAGGGCAUCAACAACGGAGGCAUCGAGUGUCUCAGGAUCCUCAAUGAAAUCAUUUCCGAUUUUGACAGUUUAUUGGACCGAGAUGAGUUCAGGUGUAUCACAAAGAUCAAGACGAUAGGAAGCACAUACAUGGCUGCCUCUGGACUAACGCCCGAAAGCAACACCAACGGAUAUGGCAGCCGAAAGCCAGAAGACCAGUCGCUCAUUGAACGCUGGCAGCACCUGUCUGGGCUGGCAGAUUUUGCCCUGGCCAUGAAGGUCACUCUUGAUAACCUCAACAAGCAAUCCUUCAACAACUUCAUGCUACGGAUUGGUUUGAAUAAAGGAGCUGUUCUGGCUGGAGUAAUUGGAGCCCGUAAACCUCACUAUGACAUCUGGGGUAACACAGUCAAUGUGGCCAGUAGAAUGGAGUCAACUGGAGUGAUGGGCAACAUCCAGGUGGUGGAGGACUGCUAUGACAUCCUGAAGGAAUAUGGCUUCCGCUUCAUUCGAAGAGGGCCCAUAUUUGUCAAGGGAAAAGGAGAGCUGCUUACCUUUUUCAUGAAAGGGAAAGACAAGUCUAGAGGCAAAGCAGGUCCGGGAACAACUGCUCUUCCGCACCAAGUAGAGGACCUUUCCUGACUUUUUUCACCUGCAUAUUUCAAUUAACAUGCAAACCGAUUUCAGGGCAAUAAUAGCUUUGCUCCACUUUUCUUGUACACAGUUAUUUUUCAGCAUGUUUUUAUAAACUCUGCCACUCAUGUUAGCAGCAAAAAAGUACAGAAACCAAUAAAUUCAAAUGCCACUGCACAAUAAUCAUGACUAUUAAAAAACUGCAUUAAAUUUUUGCAAAGUAAUGCAAUAGGUCCCACACUGAUGACAUCAGAACAAACAAACCUAUGGUCUUUUCUAAAUAGUGCCAAGAAACAUAGGUGACAUUCUCAAAUAAAAGAAACACUUUUCCAUUUUCUUUGUGUAAAUGUAGCAUGUAGAAUCCGUUUGGAAACAUCAAUUGAUGCAGGAAUGAAUUUUUUUGUUAGGUGAACACAGAGCUUGCCUUACUCUCACCAAUGACAUAAAUGCCUCAUUAUUAUUUUUUUAUUUGUUGAUAUUAAGGAGCGUGAUGUCAUCAUACUCCACAUUUAAGUAAAACACAAAGAUAUCUAAGAAUGCCGCAAGAGUCAGAAUGUAAAUCUGUGUUUAUAAUUUUAUGGAUGUAUGUAACAAACAUGUAACAUACUUUGUUUUACCUUGUGGCUAAUUACAUUGCAUUUACACUUUUAAUAAAUUAUAUUUAGUCUUUGUGUUUCAAAUUAUUUUACAAUGUUUUGAAUGUUGUGCCAAUAUAAGUGGCAUCCUAGUCAAUGAAAACUACCAGUAGUUACUAAACCGGAGUGAUUGCUUUAUUUACUGAAAUUAUUCAUAUUUAGAGCUUUUUUUUCUUUAAAAUUGAAAUAAUCAGAAUCAAAACUCCAUUCAAGUGGAUAAAUACAUAUACACCAAAACAUACAAAAAAACAAAACAAAAAAAAAACAUGGGCAGUUGAGGCAAUAAAUAUAAAAUAGUGACUCCUCCAGACUGUUUCACACCAAACCUGUUACCUGAUACUGACUCACAUCUACCCUGGAAAGGAUAGAUGGGAUCUUCAUGAUGCUAGAGCUGCCUGAUGCUUUUUUCAUAACUUAUCCAAGGCAUGAUGUUUAAACACCACAGAGUUUGUGUAGCAGGGCAACAGUCUUCAUCUCAUCUAAACUAUACUUGCUCAGCCACUGUAUUCAAAAUAGAGAAAGUAAAAGGUUAAGUGUCAGAGUCAUAGUAAGGCUUCAAACCCUAGUAGAUUCUGGCUAACUGUUCAAUUGGGCAUAAUACCUCAUAUUGCAAUUGUAAGAGUAGCCUGCACAAUGUGUAGGAACUAGGAAUUAUGUGUAGGAACUGAAUCCCAAACAUCAUCUAAUAUUGAAAAGUUAAUCAUAUCUCCCAUUCAGAUUUUUAUUAGUUUCUCAGCAAAAUUUGCUAUAAAUAAAGGAGAUUAUGACUUUUUCAUGAUGUUGUGAGGUAAGAAGCAGCAGCCAUGCUGGUGGCCAAUUUGUGUACCACAUUGAAGAAAUGGGCCUGAAGAAAGUGUUUAAGUUGUAAUCAUCUGAAAUAGAGUAUUUGGGAAUGUGUAUAUCUGCUCAAUGAUGCCUAUUUGUUCUGUAUGAUUAAGUUAAAUUGAUUGAUUUAACUUGUUUAAACUAAUCAGAUAAUAACUAGGUGGAAGACUUUCUGAUGCAUUGACAUUUGCUUAGCCAAUCAGUAACUCAUUAAUCAAGCAGUGUUUCAGUAUUGAUCAAAGGUUUAUUUAACAAGUUAAAGUGGGAUGACUGCUAUUCCUUCAGAAUAUCUUGUUAAUGUGUGACUCUUGUAAUGAAUUUAGGCAUUUGCACACUAGCAUUAUAAGUAUCAUUUUGUUGGUACUGGCUAAUGAAUAGAACAGAUACAUUAUAGAAAGCUGCAAACUGCAAAGAAACUGUCAGCAUAGAAUGGCUUUUGGAGUUAUAUUUCAUAAUUUCUCAAUCACUUUGAUGAUAAAACACAAAUUGUUUCUCAGUAUUA